AACUGCGCCGGGGCUGUGUGUGUAGGCAGCAGCGCCAGAGGAAGAGGAGCACGAGGAUGCAGCUGCGACCGCGGCCCCAAGAGGGAGCAGCCACUGUUCUGUGGUCGCGGGGCCAAAGAAAUUGGAAUUAAGCCUGGGGGGUCCUGUUGCUGAGAGGACCAGGGCAGACAGUCCUGCCAGAAGCGCAGGCCUAGUAUUUGGGGAGAGUUCGGUCUGCUGGGCGAAGGCCUGCCGCCUUUGCUUCCUGCUGGCCCUCCAAGUCGAUGGUGGUGAAGUUGGUGGCCGCCAGGGGCACAAGCACCAGGCUGAUUCUCUUGCACCCGGCGCUUUUCUGGCCCUGCUUGAACAGCUGCGACGCCGCCUCCUCUCGUCCGCGGAUCCCACCCUCAGCGGCGGGGGAGGGGGAAAGUUUUCCCCUCCGCAGGGGCUGCGUGGUGUGAGGCGACAACAAGACCUUAGGAGAGUAGGGGAAGAAGCCAAGAGUUUUCUCCUGAUUAUACUCUGCUGAGCUGGACAGAGAGAUCAUGGCGAAUGCAACGUGACCAAAUGUCUCAUAAUCCUGCUGCCGUAUAUUCACUGCCAUGAUGGACUGUAUCCAUUCAAACUGGUCUCCCUCUGUUGCCUAUGGGGAGGGAUAUCUCUCCCAAGGCUCAAGGGAACCUCCUGUCUUGGCCUCCUGAAUUAAUGGGACUUGAGAGACUGCUAACAUCUGAACAUACAAAACCAAACAGACAAAUUCUUGCACCAUUGCUCCCCCCACAUUCUACUCUAGAGGAAUGCCACUGUACAUGGAUUCCAAGCAGGUUAAAAAGAAAAAUAGCUGAUUAGAUCUCAGAGCACCCAGUGAACGGGAUGACGGCCACAGCUGCAGUGGAGACACCAAAAAUGGAGAAGAGUGCUUCCAAGGAAGAGAAGCAACAGCCAAAGCAGGAGGGCAGUACAGACCGAGGCAAUGCUGAUCCUGAAGAAUGGGCGAACUCUGAGAACGACCCUGAGCAGAUGAGCUGUAAAAGUGGCCACACCAGCUACCAAGCUACAGAUCUUCAAUUGAAGAAGAAAGAGAUGCCCUCCAAGCCACAUCGCCCUCUCUGUAGGUCACCCUGCCUGGACCGGCCAAGCUUCUCCCAGAGCAGCAUUUUACAGGAUGGGAAGAUAGACUUGGAGAAGGAAUACCAAGCCAAGAUGGAUUUUGCUCUAAAGUUGGGUUAUGCAGAAGAACAAAUUCAAACAGUGCUUAAUAAACUAGGCCCAGAAUCACUCAUUAAUGAUGUAUUAGCAGAGCUUGUCAGACUUGGAAACAAAGGUGAUUCGGAAGCACAAGUCAACUUGAGUCUCUUAUUGCCCCGAGGAGCUAACUCCAGAGAGAUUGCAAGCCCCGAAUUGUCUCUUGAAGAUGAGAUAGACAAUAGUGAUAAUUUAAGACCAAUUGUUAUUGAUGGAAGUAAUGUGGCAAUGAGCCAUGGGAAUAAAGAAGAAUUCUCCUGCAGGGGAAUACAACUUGCUGUGGAUUGGUUUCUAGACAAAGGCCAUAAAGAUAUCACAGUAUUUGUACCAGCAUGGAGAAAGGAGCAAUCCCGCCCCGAUGCACCCAUUACAGAUCAAGAUAUUCUACGUAAACUGGAGAAGGAAAAGAUUCUCGUCUUCACCCCAUCGCGAAGGGUCCAAGGCAGAAGGGUGGUCUGCUAUGAUGAUCGGUUCAUAGUCAAAUUGGCUUUUGAUUCUGAUGGCAUCAUUGUGUCCAAUGAUAACUACCGAGACCUUCAAGUUGAAAAGCCAGAAUGGAAGAAGUUUAUAGAGGAACGGUUGCUGAUGUAUUCUUUUGUGAAUGAUAAAUUUAUGCCACCAGAUGAUCCUCUUGGACGCCAUGGUCCGAGCCUUGAGAAUUUCUUAAGAAAGAAACCUGUGGUUCCUGAGCAUAAGAAGCAACCAUGUCCUUAUGGCAAAAAAUGUACCUACGGCCACAAGUGCAAAUACUAUCAUCCGGAGCGGGCCAACCAACCCCAGCGUUCGGUGGCUGAUGAGCUCCGCAUCAGUGCCAAACUGUCCACAGUGAAAAUAAUGAGUGAAGACACCCUGGCCAAAUGUGGCACAGGGAUGUCUACUGCCAAAGGUGAGACAACCUCAGAGAUCAAACGUGUGGCCUCCAAGCGCCAAUCAGAUCCCAGCAUCCGGUCUGUGGCUAUAGAGCCUGAGGAGUGGCUGUCCAUUGCCCGUAAACCUGAGGCCAGUUCUGUCCCUUCACUUGUGACCGCUUUAAGUGUCCCUACAAUCCCUCCCCCCAAAAGCCAUGCAGUGGGUGCACUCAACACCCGUUCAGCCAGCAGCCCAGUGCCAGGGUCCUCCCAUUUCCCCCAUCAAAAGGCCUCUUUGGAACAUAUGGUCAGCAUGCAAUAUCCACCUAUCCUGGUUACCAACAGCCAUGGCACCCCUAUUAACUAUACUGAGCAAUACCCAAAGUUUGAGACCAUGGGGGACCAUGACUAUUAUUCAGUGUUAAGUGACUUCUCCAAACUGAGCAUCAACAACAUGCAUAAUCAUGAAUAUUAUAUGGCUGAGGCAAACCAGGGGGUGUAUGUUCGGAAUCCCGGCCUAUGUACUGAUAGUCACAUGAGCCAUACCAGGAAUGACAACUAUUCCUCUUACAACAACCUGUACUUGGCUGUAGCUGAUGCCCAUCCUGAAGGCACUUUGAAGCUGCACCGCUCAGCAUCUCAUAACCAUCUUCAGCCUUUUUCCCAUGGUUACCAUGAAGCCUUAGCGAGAGUUCAAAGUUAUGGUUCCGAAGAUUCCAAGCAAGCACCCCACAAGCAGUCAGUCCCUCACUUAGCUGUGCAUACCCAGAAUCCAGCAACUGGAGCACACUCUAGCUGUCCUGGGGACUACACCAUGCCUCCCAGUAUCCAUCCUAUGGGACCCUCCCAGCCAGGCCGGGCUCUGGUGAUGACUCGAAUGGACAGCAUUUCUGACUCCCGCCUCUAUGACAGCAACCCCAUGAGGCAAAGGCGGCCUCCUCUGUGCAGAGAACAGCAUGCUAGCUGGGACCCAUUGCCUUGUACAGCCGACUCCUAUGGAUACCACUCCUAUCCCUUAGGGAACAGCCUCAUGCAACCGUGUUAUGAACCAGUCAUGGUAAGGAGCAUGCCUGAAAAAAUGGAGCAGCUUUGGAGGAAUCCUUGGGUUGGAAUGUGCAAUGAUUCGAGGGAGCACAUGAUACCAGAGCAUCAAUAUCAGACAUACAAGAACCUCUGCAACAUCUUCCCUUCUAACAUUGUUCUUGCAGUGAUGGAGAAGAAUCCCCACACAGCAGAUGCUCAACAACUGGCAGCCUUGAUUGUUGCCAAGCUCCGAGCUGCACGUUGACAUGAUACAGGACUUGUUCCUUUACAGAAAUAUGAAUAUUAUUAAUACAUUGAUACUAUAAUUCUAGUAAGUAAUAAUUUGUGUUGUGCGUUUAAAAUUACAGAGUAUUUCUAUCUUUUAAGUAUAUAACAACUCUGUGAGGUAGAUCUCAGUAACAUUUGAUUUUAUAGAGAAGGAAACAAAGAUUGAUGCUACCAAAUGACAGUCAAGGCAUACAUACACCUAAGUUCUCUGGCCCAAUGGCCCAUGCCCUUUUCCACUAAAGUGUGGAGAUAAUGAAGGACAAAACCCAAGAGGCCUAAGUCCACAAGAAACCCCAAGGGAACUCAUUGCCAUUAUUUUCUCUCCAUUUUCCUUUUUAGUUUUUUGAGACAGGGUCUCACCUUGUAACUCUGGCUUUCAUGAAACUUGCUAUGUCAGCCUGAACUCAGAGAGCCACCAUUCUCUGCCUGCAGAGUGCUGACAUUAAAGGUGUAUACCACCACACCCAGCUACCAGUAUUCUUUCAGUCACACAUUCCAUAUUAUAAAGUGUGGAUCAUCUGUCCAGUUUAGAAAGCAAAUACAUGAGGAUCAGAGUGGAUUGUGAAUUAACUUUUAAGGGUUUUGUUGUUGUUGUUGUUGUUGUUAUUGUUGGUUUCUCGAGACAGGGUUUCUCUGUGUAGCUCUGGCUGUCCUUGAACUCACUCUGUAGACCAGGCUGGCCUUGAACUCAGAAAUCCACCUGCCUCUGCCUCCCAAGUGCUGGGAUUAAAGGCGUGCACCACCACUGCCCAGCUAAGGUUUUUGCUUUUUUGUUUUUUGUUUUUAAUAGAAAUAUUUAAAAUCAAAAGUAAUAUGAUUUUAUUGCAUGGGUAUCUGAUCAUUCAAUAUCUUUAACCAAGUAUAGGGUCACAUUGAGGCUUCUAGAGAAGUAGAUGAACCUUCCUCUUAGCAAUUCUACUGCAUGUAUGAAUUUACAUAUUUGGUUUCAGAUGUGUUUGUCUCUCUGGUAUCAACUUUUCUAUAGUGACAAAAUGGGAAGUUCUAUACAGUCUAUAGUUUACAUCUGUAUAGAUCACACAUACAACUUGAUUUUGUCACAUUUUUAUAGCUUCAAUUCGAUUCGAAAGUGUAAUCACAUGGCGACAUUGAAAUUUUGCUUUCUUAAAGACCAGAGUCAAGCAGCUGUAUUUCUUCUACAUAGUUUCCUUAACCAUAUUUAUGAACCAUUCUUAGCUUUCAGAAAGUCUUUUCACCUUAGCAAAUUAGGGGUCAGGCUGAGGCCUUCUGUAGAGGAACUAGUCUAUGAGCUCAUGCUCAACACUUAGAAUGUCUAUGAUACACAAGUGCUAAAGAGCUGGACCAGGACCAAGGGACUUACAUAACAGAAUCUACUUCCCUUAUCCUGGGAGGGAUGGCAUUAAGUGACAGCUACAGAGUUGGAAAUUCUGACAAAUUCCACAUUACAGGACAACGUGUAGUGAAAGAGAGUGCAGAGGUAUACAAGCCACUGUCUCUAGCUGUCCACCACUUGAGCAAUAAGGUCAGUAAUCAAUAGAACAGAAUGUCUUUAGGAAACCAAACCAGGGUAUUUUCUAGGUGGCAAAAGCAGUUUCGAAAGAGGAAGUGUUCUGUUACUCACUUCAAAUCCAUGCAAAGAGACUGCACUGGAUUAGCUCAUACUAAGAUGAAUUAUUAAAGAAGGUAUGACUUUUGGGCCAGGCAGCACCAUUUGCACAAUUUGAAUCUUACUCUAGGUAGAAUCAUUUGUAGCUACGUGCCUCUAGAAGGGGCAUUUACUGUUUUUUUUUUUUUAUUUUAUUUUUAAGAUGCAUUAAAUGAGCCCUCCUUUCUGAAUUCACUGUAUAUUUCAACAUUUUGAACCCUGACCAGCUCCCACUUUCUGAGGCUGGAACUUACUAACGUCCUUUUUCAUGAGUUGAGAAGGCCUGGCCUUGGUCUUUUGUCUCUUCAUGAGAAGGUGUAAUACUGCCUAUAAAUGUUUCUUCCUGUGAAACACUCUGACUCUGAGGCUGUAGUCAGGGUUGUUUCUGGUGGUUUGAUAAUGGCUUCCAUGCUGCUUUCCAGCUUUCUCUCUCUGUGAAAGUUGAUGAAUAGUACAUCUUAAUCAGUAUUCACUUAGCCACGAUUUUACAUCUGUCUCUUCCUACCCUCUAAUCAUUCCAUUUCCCAGUAUACUGAUAAAGUGUAACAAUAUUUUCUAUCGAGUGGGCCCAGCAAACCUGACAGUUGCCUCUGCAGUGCUUGUUGUCUCACACAAGCACCUCUUCAUACCUUGAACUUCUUGGACCUUCUAAAUCUUCCCCUUGACUAGAUCAGGGUAUUUGACAAUCUCAGAGUAUUCCGAUGCCUUCGUACAAUUAGUUCAUCUUCCUACCAAUGACACUGCAGUGUCCAUUGGCUUCCCAAUUUGCGGGAAAGCCCAAGAUUCGUCUUGUCAGCUGCAAUUCAUCUGGAAUAUGUUCAUGUUUAAAAUUCAAAAAAAAAAAAGUAAGCUCCUCCCAGUCGGGGGAAUUUUUUUAAAGAUAGCAUAUGGAUUUUUUACUUUCUAAGAAAGGAUUGCCUUUGUUCUCUCCUUGUAAAAUGUGGAUGAACCAAAGCAGCUAAGAGCAAUGCCUCAAAUAACCAGAAAUGACCUUUCGUUGAUACAAAUUGUAUCUCUUUUUCUCCUGAUUGUAUAGAAACAAAUAUACAAAACUCAUCUUAAACUAUGUUUAGUACUUAAUUUUCACCAUAUUUGUGGCACUGUGUGUCACAGGAAAGUAGCCCAGGGGUCAUGAGGGAGCUUUUAUUUCCAAAGGGCAGUAGUAGUUUAUAGACAAAUACAGUUUUCAAGGCCUCUUUAUUGUUAGAUGCACAACUAUUGUGUGUACAAUCUGCAUCAUUGUGAUUCUCUUUAGCCUAUUAAAUUUAAUAUGUCCUUGUAAAAGGGAUUUUUAUAAAGUGUCAAUAGUAAUACACCAUAUGUAAGAAUCCUUAUGGAGCUGUAUAAAUAUGAAUGCAUAAAUCCAACUUGGUUCUUACAUUAGAGAAACAUUUUUUAUAUCAAGAUCUGCAUACUUCUUGACUUUUCCAUUUUUGUCUAUAAUUAUAAAAUAGCAAAUAAAGAAGAGCAUUGAGACCUCGGUAGCACCCUUCUAGGGGCUAAGUGUGUUGUCCUUCAGGAAACUUACCUCCAAGUACACAGCAGGGGUUAAGGCACAGUGUUCUGUGUGGUCUUCAAGAAGCAGCGGAUUCUGUAAGAGGUGCUUUGUCAUUUGAAUUCCUUCACUGAUUUUUCUGACCUCAUAGCAAAUCUGUGCCUGUCCAGGCCUUAGACUUUGUAUUUUCUGAUUUUUGUUUUCUUGUUGUGACCUUAUUAUUGUUGUUGUUUUCAUUUCCACCUAAAGGAGAAAUGUGACUCUGGCAGGGCAUGAUCAAUCCAGAGCACCUUUUCUAUAAGACAGCUCAAAGAAAGAGGAGCCUUUUCAAAGGUAACACGGAACUAUUGAACUCGCUUAAGGUACCAGGUAUGGAAGGGAGCAUGACAGAUGCUUUAUGGAAAUGGUCUGUAAAACUUUCUUCUAAUCAAUGAAGCAUAUGGCAUGAUUUUUUUUCUCCCUUUCUUAUUCUCUCAAACCCUUCUAGUUUCUAAGAGACUACUUCUCCACAAUCCCCCCCCCCUUUUUUAAAAAAAAAAUAAUCUCGGAAUAUCUAACCUUUAUAAAACAAUUCAAUCAUUAAUAUCUAUUAAUCUUUGUAACGUGGAACAGUUCGUUGUGAAGAGGCUCUCAGUUAUCUGUGCUCUAAGUGUGCGAGUUUGUACAAGUGCCCUUUUGGAGGGCCAACAGUUCCAAUAGAGUUUGUUUUGCUUUGUAAAUCGGGUUUGGAUUUGCACAGGGAAAGUAAUGCCAAGCUGUCCAAAGAGCUCAGGUCCCCUCCUAACCGUUUUCUUCCACCUCCUCGUAUGCUUCUCUUCAGGUACGAAACUGAGGAGUGCAUAAUGUUCAACCAAAACGGCACUAGUGUUAGUUUUCAUUUGAAACCAGUGUAUUUCUAGAACUUGCUUGUCUAAAGUAGUCAAUGCCUCUGUGAAGACUCAGCAUAUUUGAUAUCUAUUGUAUUAUAGCUAGCUAUACACAUAGGCAGAUUGACUAUUUUUUAGUCCUGGUUUGUGUAUCAUUGAGCUAUAGUAAUUUGUUUUAUCCAUUUGUGGGAUUAAACAGUAUUGUUUAAUGGUUGUAAACUUUUUAUAAAACCACUUUGGGUUCCUUGUUUGACCCAAACAUAAUGUAAGUCUCAAUGACAAAAUACACAGAGCCAACCUGAGGUGAGUGAAAAUAUAACCCUUCCCCACUUCUGUCCGCCUCUAUAGUGCAUGUGCAAUGCUUUAUACAAUAUUCUCACUCGCAUGAAUGUACUUAUGACUUCAUGAGGUUUUUAUUUGUUUCACCUAUAAUUGUGAUGAAAAUGCUGUGUUGUUGACAAUGAACUGUAAACCCAUUUAUUGCAUAAACUUUGUCUACUAAUCACUGGCGGCUCUUUCUUUAAGAACAUCAGCAACAAGUAAUAGCCCACACAGACAUGCACACUCCAAUUCGUUCCUGAAAUACUAAGCAUAUGUCCUUUGGAGAUACCCUGUUAAAUAAACAGAGAGGAAACAGAUCCCCC